GCUCGAGGCCAAGAAGCACGUGGUUGUCGACAAGCCCAUGUGCGUCACGUCGGCCGAAGCGAGCGUCCUCAUCGAGACGGCCCGCGCCAACAACGUUGCCCUGACCGUCUUCCAGAACCGCCGGUGGGACUCGGACUUUCUCACGGUGCGCAAGCUGCUCGAGAACAAGACGCUCGGGGACCUCUCGCACUUUGAGGCCCACUACGACCGCUUCCGCCCGUCGCUCAAAGGUACAUGGAGAGAGAGUGCGGACGUCGGUGGCGGCGGCCUCCUCUACGACCUCGGUGCGCAUCUCGUCGACCAAAUGCUUACGCUCUUUGGCCCACCGACGAAUAUUUCGUCUGACGUCCAGAGCCAGCGCGAAGGCUCGAGCAACGAUGACUACUUCCGCCUCGAGUGCCAGUACCCGGGCCUGCUCGUCGUGCUCACGUCGGGUAUGCUUGUCGAGAACCCGACGCCCAAGUACACGAUCCGCGGCGCGAAUGGCUCGUUCAUCAAGUAUGGCGAGGACGGGCAAGAGACCGCGCUGCGUGCGGGGCGGACGCCGUUGACCGACGGCGACAGCUGGGGCCACGAGCCCGAGGCGCACUACGGCGUCCUUGAGCGUCCCGGCCAACCGGACGAGCGCGUCGUGAGCGAGCCGGGCAACUACAGCGCCUACUACAUUGGCCUUGCCGACACAAUCCAGCACGGUGCGGCGCGGCUUGUCCAUCCCGAAGAGUCGGCGGCGGGCAUUGCGAUCCUCGAGAAGGCCAAGGCAGUGUUCUUGGCCGCGCAGACGUAGAGUGUAUUCGACAAACAUUAGUCGAUUAGAUAGAGUUGUAAAAACAAGAUGUCGUUCGAUC